CGGUCGUACGCAUUGGAACUUAACUUGACAGAUUCAGAAAAGGCUAUUUGCCUUUAUGCAAAAUGGCAGAUGAAUUUCAAAAUACUGUAUGAAACUACAAACAAGGAAUAUAAAACAGUCAACAUUCCAGACAUUGACACUGCAACAUAUAAUGGAAGUAGUUGUGGCGAUGACAAGAAUGGUCCCAAAAUAGCUGUGCAGUUUCAACGCAGUUUUUCCUGGACUGUGAACUUUACCAAGGAGACAACUACAUACUCAAUUGAUACAAUCUCAUUUUCUUACAACACUAGUGAUAACAGAACAUUUCCUGGAGCUAAAGAUAAAGGCGUUGUGACUGUUUCUUUCCCUGAGGCAUUUGACAUUCCAUUAGACAGCAUCUUUAGAUGCAAUAGUGUAUCAACUUUAGAAAUGGGUGAUGUUGUUCAGCUCUGUUGGGAUAUUCAUGUGCAAGCUUUUGUCCAAAAUGGCACAGUCAGCACCAAAGAGUUUCUGUGUGAAAAAGAUAAAGCUUUGACAACAGUGGCACCCAUCAUUCACACCACUGUGCCAUCACCUACUGCCACACCCACUCCAAAGGGAACACCAGAAGUUGGAAACUAUUCAGUUCAUGAUGGCAAUACUACUUGUCUUCUGGCUACCAUGGGGCUGCAGCUGAACGUCACCCAGGAUAAGACUGUUUCAGUUAUUAAUAUCAACCCCAAUACGACGGACUUCUCCGGCAGUUGCCACCCUCAAGACGCUCUACUUAGGUUGAAUAGCAGCAACAUCAACUAUCUUGAAUUUCUCUUUGCUGUGAAAAAUGAAAAUCGCUUUUAUCUGAAGGCAGUGAAUGUCAGCAUGAAUUUGGGAAAUGGCUCUGUUUUCAGUUUUGCAAACAACAAUCUUAGCUACUGGGAUGCCCCCCUGGGAAGUUCUUACAUGUGCAACAAAGAGCAGACUGUUGCAGUGUCUGGGACAUUUCAGAUAAAUACCUUUGGACUCAGAGUUCAGCCUUUUAAUGUGAUGGAAGGAAAGUAUUCCACAGCCCAGGAGUGUUCGCUGGACGAUGACACCAUUCUAAUACCAAUUAUAGUUGGUGCUGGUCUUUCAGGCUUGAUUAUCGUUAUAGUGAUUGUUUACCUAAUUGGCAGAAGAAAAAGUUAUGUUGGAUAUCAGACUCUGUAA